CAUAUCCUGAGUGUUUGAGGUUCAGUAACGCAGGGAUAUCAUUUUCUGUGCCAGAAGUCAAGUUAAAAUAUAGUGGGUUUGCUUCGUUACAAAAUACCGCCUGUAGGACGCAGCGGUUUGAAUAGUGAAGGGCGUCGUGAGUAACUAGCCGAGGUCUAUUCUGGUCAGCUGACCUUCAGCAUCCCUGUCCGACUCAACCUGGGGAGGGGACAGGGGGACACGGUUUACCACCGCAGUCACGCUGGGGUGUUAUGUUUUCGAAAAAGGACCGAAAUAACGCAGCGUUAACUUCCCCAUGGCGGCCGAAAUCCGCCCUCUUGCCCAGGCUCGGACGCCUGUCUUGCUGAGUGAGAUCGAAGCGUUUCAGGACGUGGUGAACACGGCCGUGAUCAUCCCGAAGGAAGACGGUGUUAUAAGCGUCUCCCAAGACAGGACGGUCAGAGUUUGGCUGAAGAGGGAUAGUGGACAGUACUGGCCCAGUGUGUACCAUACAAUGCCAGCUCCCUGUUCGUGUAUGUCUUUCAACCCAGAGACCAGGAGGAUUUCUGUUGGGAUGGACAAUGGAGUCGUCUCUGAGUUUAUCCUGUCUGAAGACUACAAUAAAAUGACACCAGCUCGUACGUAUCAAGCUCAUCAGGGUGGUGUUACUGUGGUGUUAUUUGUGUUGGAGAUGGAGUGGGUCCUAAGCACAGGCCAGGAUAAGAGCUUUACCUGGCACUGUUCAGAAAGUGGGCAGCAGCUGGGCACCUACAGAACCACAGCAUGGGUGUCUGGACUCCAGUUUGAUGUGGAGACCAGACAUGCAUUUGUGGGUGACUAUUCUGGUCAAGUGACUAUUUUGAAACUGGAGCAAGAUAACUGUAAUCUGGUCACCACUUUCAAAGGUCACACGGGCAAUGUGACUGCUUUAUAUUGGGACCCAGUACAGAGGGUCUUAUUUUCUGGAAGUUCAGAUCAUUCCAUUAUUAUGUGGGACAUUGGGGGACGGAAAGGAACGGCCAUUGAACUCCAGGGACACAAUGAGAGGGUACAGGGUCUGUGCUAUGCUCCACAUACUCGUCAACUCAUCUCCUGUGGGUCUGAUGGAGGAAUUGUCAUUUGGAACAUGGAUGUUGCACGACAAGAGACUCCAGAAUGGCUUGACAGUGACUCCUGUCAGAAGUGUGAACAGCCAUUCUUCUGGAACUUUAAACAAAUGUGGGACACUAAAAAGAUUGGCUUGCGACAGCAUCAUUGCAGGAAGUGCGGACAGGCUGUCUGUGGGAAGUGCUCAUCUAAGCGCUCCACCAUCCCACUCUUGGGCUUUGAGUUUGAGGUGCGGGUGUGUGACAGUUGCCAUGAGUCCAUCACCGAUGAGGAACGGGCACCCACAGCAACAUUCCAUGAUAGCAAACAUGCAGUGGUGCACAUGCACUAUGAGCCGACCAGAAGCUGGUUGCUGACCUCUGGUGCUGAUAAAGUCAUUAAGCUAUGGGACAUGACUCCUGUGGUAUCCUGAAAAUUAUCCUUAGCAUGGACAAGAGUGAUUGGCACAAGCUCUGUGUGAAUGGAAAAGAUGAGUGCUGAUCACUAUGGUUCAUCUCAUCACUGCUGAGGAGCUGAAGAUCUGUGAGAGGUUCUGCCUUUGUGUCCCUGCAGAAACAGAGCAGUAAACACAGACAUUAGCAAGAAAGAAAUAAACCCAAGGAAGUUAAGCAAUAGUAGAGUGUAGAGAUAUUGGCAAAACAUACACCCAAAAUUAUGUGUGCGCAUGUGUGUGUGUGCAUGCAUUUGUGCUCGAGGUUGAUGCGGGACCAUGUAUGGCCAUGUUAAAAUGGGCUAGUCAAAUUCUGGCAUAAUCACAUUCUGUCUAAAUAUUUAACAUAUGUUACCUCCUGUAAACCUAGUUUGGCCAUAUACAAUUUGCAAACAUGAACACAUGCACAAAUCAGUGUUCUAUAUAGUGAAAGGCAUGGUUUAAGAAAAAUGCUCACAUUUUAAGCGCUUUUUCCAUGUGUAAUUAAUUUAUGUAAUCUUUUGUGUCAACUCCCAUUAAUCACUGUUUAUUGAUCAUGAAGCAUUGAUUUGAUAUUAUUAACUAAAUGAAACUAGCCCCAUUUGGCUGUAGUAAAGAUUACAUGUGAUAAUUUGCAGAGUCAAGUUCACUGGUAUUGCAGGGAAGGUCCCCCUGCGUGCAUUUAUUUAUUUAUUUAUUUCUGCAAAUGAUUGGUUCUCUGAUUCUGGUUCGACUUGCUUGGUAAUGAGCUACAUAAUGCAAUCUUUUGUUAAAUUGUAUACAAAUUGGAACAUUUCAAAGGAUGCACAAUCCACUUUGGGCAGAAUGCCUUCAUGACUAUUUAGCUAUAACUUAAUGAAAGAAUCUGAACAAAUGCUGUAAAAAUGUUUUUUUGUAGUCUUAGUUUGUUGUUGCCUUGCCGAUUGUGGAAAUAGAGAAAUAUACAUCAGAGCUUGUAGGCUACUGCCUUCUCCACACUAUAGGAUGUUUUAAUUUUCAUCCCAUACCAAACAUUUAUGGAUA